GGUGGUUUAUUGAUUCAAGAAAAAAUGUUGCAACUGGCCACAUACUAAAAAGUGUACAAUUGAUUUGUGACAGGACAAGACGAUUGAAACACACUUCGGCAAACAAUCGUAACGAGUUGAAAAUCCAGUGGGAAAUCGCACUAUAAAGCCCUGUCAGGAGAUGUAAAUAAGCGAGUUCUGGUGAGGCAUUUAGUUACUUCGCUACGUAUGUCCGAUUGCUACGUACAAUUGAUAUUCACUGAACUUACGCACCGAGGAUAUUACGUCUUUGGACGCUUUGGACCCCAGAACGCAACUGCUGAGACAAGAUGAUGCUGCUACAGGUGGGACUGGGUGGACCGCGCUCUGCCCUGGGGCUGUUAGCCAUCAGGAGGGUGUGGGUUAUGACCCGCUCGGCCCAUACUGCACCCCGGGCACUGGAGUACAAGCCCAUCAAAAAGGUCAUGGUGGCUAACAGAGGAGAGAUUGCCAUCCGGGUGUUUCGGGCAUGCACAGAGCUGGGGAUCCGUACAGUGGCCGUCUACUCUGAGCAGGACACAGGUCAGAUGCACAGACAAAAGGCAGAUGAAGCUUACCUCAUCGGCAAGGGGCUGCCACCUGUAGCGGCUUAUCUGCAUAUACCAGACAUCAUCAAAGUGGCCAAGGAGAAUGGCGUAGAUGCUAUCCACCCAGGCUAUGGCUUCCUGUCAGAACGAGCAGAUUUUGCCCAGGCUUGUAUUGAUGCUGGGGUACGUUUUAUCGGCCCCACCCCAGAGGUGGUGCGAAAGAUGGGGGACAAAGUCGAGGCUCGUACCAUUGCCACCAGUGCAGGUGUGCCGGUGGUACCUGGAACAGAUGGUCCCAUCUCAUCUUUGCAGGAAGCUCAAGAGUUUUCCAACAGCUACGGCUUCCCAAUUAUCUUCAAAGCUGCGUACGGGGGCGGAGGCCGUGGAAUGCGGGUGGUCAAAGAGUAUGAGGAACUAGAGGAGAACUAUCAGCGAGCGUACUCUGAGGCCCUGACCGCCUUUGGCAAUGGAGCUCUGUUUGUGGAGAAGUUCAUUGAGAAACCCAGACACAUCGAGGUGCAGAUCCUUGGCGAUAAAUACGGCAAUGUCAUUCACCUGUACGAGAGGGACUGCUCCAUCCAGAGGAGACACCAAAAGGUGGUGGAGAUCGCUCCCGCCUCACAGCUGGACCAACACCUCAGAGACAGACUGACUGCUGACUCCGUAACCAUCGCUCGACAGGUCGGCUAUGAGAACGCAGGAACAGUGGAGUUCCUGGUGGAUAAACAUGGUAAACAUUACUUCAUCGAGGUCAACUCCCGUCUGCAGGUGGAGCACACAGUUACUGAGGAGGUCACAGAUGUGGAUCUGGUACACGCUCAGUUGAGAGUGUGUGAAGGUCGCAGUCUGCACGAGCUUGGCCUGAAACAGGAUAAGAUACGGAUCAAUGGCUAUGCCAUCCAGUGCCGUGUGACCACAGAGGACCCAGCACGUGGCUUCCAGCCUGACACGGGAAGACUGGAGGUCUUUCGCAGUGGAGAGGGCAUGGGUAUCAGGCUGGACAGCGCGUCUGCCUUCCAGGGUGCUAUUAUUUCCCCUCAUUACGAUUCACUCCUGGUGAAAGUCAUCGCCAGUGGAAAGAAUCUGCCAGCGGCCUCUGCCAAAAUGAGCCGAGCAUUAGCGGAGUUUCGCGUCCGUGGGGUCAAGACGAACAUCCCGUUCCUCCAGAACGUGCUGAGCAAUAAUCAGUUCCUGAAUGGGACGGUAGAUACUCAGUUCAUCGACGAGAAUCCAGAUCUCUUCAACCUUAAACCUGUGCAGAACCGCGCACAGAAACUGCUUCAUUAUCUAGGGCAUGUUAUGGUGAACGGCCCAACUACUCCAAUACCUGUCAAGGCUAAGCCUUCCGCCAUCGAUCCGGUCAUCCCACUAGUACCCCUCGGUGAGCCACCAGUGGGUUUCAGGGAUGUGUUGCUGAGAGAGGGUCCAGAUGGUUUUGCGAAGGCGGUGCGUGCCCACCAGGGUCUGCUGCUCAUGGACACUACGUUCAGAGACGCCCACCAGUCCCUCCUGGCCACUCGCGUACGCACUCACGACCUUAAACGGAUCGCACCUUUUGUGGCUCACAACUUCAGCAACCUCUUCAGCGUGGAAAACUGGGGAGGUGCCACAUUUGAUGUGGCAAUGCGUUUCCUGUGUGAGUGUCCCUGGAAAAGGCUGCAGGAGUUGAGGGCUCUGAUGCCAAAUGUGCCUUUUCAGAUGCUUCUGAGAGGUGCCAACGCUGUUGGAUACACAAACUACCCUGACAAUGCCGUCUUCAAGUUCUGUGAGGUGGCCAAAGAAAAUGGUAUGGACAUCUUUCGUGUGUUUGACUCGUUGAACUAUGUUCCCAACAUGCUCUUGGGGAUGGAGGCAGCAGGUGCAGCAGGAGGUGUGGUGGAGGCGGCCAUCUCGUACACCGGCGACGUUUCUGACCCCAUGAGGACGAAAUAUUCUUUAGACUACUAUCUCAAUCUAGCAGAUGAGCUGGUCAAGGCUGGAACGCACAUCCUUUGCAUCAAGGAUAUGGCGGGUCUUCUGAAGCCUGACUCUGGCCGUUUGCUGAUCGCCUCGCUAAGGGACCGGUUCCCAGACGUGCCGAUUCACGUGCACACUCACGACACCGCAGGGGCUGGAGUGGCUGCCAUGCUGGCGUGUGCGGAGGCCGGAGCAGACAUUGUGGACGUGGCAGUUGACUCCAUGGCAGGAAUGACGUCCCAGCCCAGCAUGGGUGCCAUAGUGGCAUGUGCCAAAGGCACCAAACUCAAUACUGGCAUCUCUCUUGAGAAGGUCUUUGACUACAGUGAGUAUUGGGAGGUGACCCGAGGCAUUUAUGCUCCAUUUGACUGCACCGCCACCAUGAAGUCUGGGAAUUCUGAUGUCUAUGAGAACGAGAUCCCAGGUGGCCAGUACACCAAUCUCCACUUCCAAGCACACAGUAUGGGGCUGGGGAACAAGUUCAAGCAGGUGAAGAAAGCCUACGCAGAAGCCAACAAGCUGCUUGGUGACCUCAUCAAGGUGACACCCUCCUCUAAGAUUGUGGGCGAUCUGGCACAGUUCAUGGUGCAGAACUCUCUGACUCGGGCAGAAGUGGAGGAGAGAGCGGAUGAGCUGUCUUUCCCCCUCUCCGUGGUCGAAUUCCUGCAAGGACACAUCGGCAUCCCCUACGGAGGAUUCCCGGAGCCCUUCAGGUCAAAGGUUUUGAAGACUCUUCCCCGUGUGGAAGGACGUCCUGGAGCUACCCUGCCUCCCUUGGAUUUCCAGGCCUUGGAGAAGCAGCUGCAAGAAGCUCACGGUGAUGAAAUCACCCCUGAGGAUGUGAUGUCAGCAGCCAUGUACCCCAAAGUGUUCCAGGAGUUCAAAGAAUUCACUAGAACCUUUGGGCCUGUGGAUUGUCUGGACACCAGACUCUUCCUGGAUGGACCUAAGAUUGCUGAAGAGUUUGAGGUGGAGUUGGAACGAGGCAAAACACUUCAUAUCAAGGCUCUGGCUCUCGGAGACCUUAAUAAAGCCGGUCAGAGAGAGGUGUUCUUCGAGCUCAAUGGUCAGCUGAGAUCUGUUCUGGUCAAAGACACUGUGGCCAUGAAGGAGAUGCAUUUUCACCCUAAAGCCCUGAAAGACGUACGUGGGCAAAUUGGAGCUCCUAUGCCCGGUAAGGUGGUAGAGGUCAAAGUGAAGCAGGGCCAGCAGGUGGAGAAAGGACAACCGCUCUGCGUCCUCAGCGCCAUGAAGAUGGAAACUGUGGUGAACUCUCCUCUCGCCGGCAUCGUGACCAAAAUCUACGUGUCCACCGACAGCACCCUGGAAGGAGAUGAUCUUAUUCUGGAAAUCACUGAAUAGAUAUCGUGAAGGCCAACAGCAGGAAACAUCACCAAGGCUAAACACACAAACUUUAGUAACACACACAUGUAGAGGCUAACACCUUUUAGUACAAGCUUAUUUUUGCAGGAUCUCAAAAAAUUCUUUGAGUGUUGUGUCAUAUGUUCUUCUGCGAUCCUCAAUUUAUGCGUGAUGAGGAUGUGAGCUAGCGUUGGUCUUUAGACAGAGAAAUGUUUAUCAGUCUUUAAUUAGUAUUAAUGAAUGUAGUAAAAAACUAUAAGAUUUACAUUGAAAAUAUAGCAAGCAAUAAACUAAUGAAAGAACGAGAUUUAAUUAAUCGCAUUAAUUAUCGCACACAGAUGUUUCGUCACUUUGGUCAUGAUUGUUUACAUAAACUAAAAGCACUAAAAAAAAAAUCAUAUGCACAAUCCGUCCCUUUAAAUAUAGUUUUAUGUCAGAGAGGAUCUUACUUGAAUUACUAAGCGAAUACAAUUUAUUUCAAGACAAAUUGCUGUCUCGUAUACCCAAUGUUUUGACCAAUGGCCUUGCUUGCUUUGUUGCUGGGAACGCAAGUGCAGGAAUGGAUCCGACCCCGUCUCAUGAGCCUUACACUUGAGUUGUAUAUCAUGUAAAGGUGGUGAAUAGUUACCCAGAUAUUUUGUGCUGAAGUGAGCCCCAGUGAGGCCAACUAGGAUCGAUGAGUAUUCAAGAUUAGGAUUCUUGACGAGGAUUGAAGAGCACUUAUAGACUCCGCGGCAGACUCUCCGCAUAUUGAGUUGGAACGUAGGCUUUAGCGGGAACAUACUUUUCCCAGGGCUCAUCUUGUGCUUGUGUUCCAAUCGCUCUCCGUCUUAAUGUGAAUUUAUUUCACUGUCCUGUUACAUUCCCCUUAGCAGCAGAUGCCUCAUGGCAUGGUGUAAUGACACUGAGCGGCUGUAUUCUCCACAUUUCUUUAAUUUCCCUUGUUGAACACGAUUGAUAUAAUUCGUAACAGAUAAUGAGAGGUUUUAUUCAACGGCAUUCAACUAAUAGAAAGCUCUCAGCCUGAAAUCUACGAGACUCGUGGCUUUUGCGGCAUUGGGGUGCGUCUGAAAUGGUUUCAAGUAGAUCAAUUCUUUAUGAGGACCAAUAGCCUGCAACGUAGAUGUUUUCUUAUUGCUCAUCAUAACAUAAAAGUGGAGACUAAAGCACGUUGUUUUAGCUGUGUGAAUUGUACAAGCCCAUUAAUGUAAUGAUCAUUCCUUCAAAUGGAUGUUGCCAUUAAAAUGAAGCUAAUGUUGUUUAGAUGUCGAUUUUAGAACACAAAACGUCUGUGGUUGGUUCUCUAAACGUCUCCAUCUCAUCACCACAGUCGUAUUUCAGAUUGUUCCGCUGUGUUAUUAGACAAUUACAUCUCAGUUUACAUGAGGAAUUGUGAUGGGCAUGAAAUUAGGGGAUUUGCUGUGAGAGGGAAGAUUCCUGUUGGCUUUUUUACUUUUAUUUGGUUCCCAUAUCAUGUAUGGGGCACUGAUUGAAAAUCUCUUGAGAAAUGUUGAAUGCUAUCAGUUUUGACAGUGCAGUCAAGGCAGUAACUCUUGCUGCAAUUCUGAGAGUCGAGAAGUGUCUGGCUUUGUUUUAUGCUGCCAACAGUGCAGUAUGCAUCAAAGUUGUUAAAUGAGUUAUGCACCGUCUUAAUGUUGCACAUGUUGCUGAUGCGUAUCUACUUGGCACAUUGUUAGUUCAAACUGGGUACAUUUACAGGGUAAAAUAUUUCUGUGUGUAGACUUUGAAAUUGGGAAAGUUCUGAAGGGAAUUGGAACUAAUCUGUGUGACAUUUCAGAUCUGAUGCCUUUAAUAGCAUUCGUUAUCUUUCCAUUUGAAAGUCUUUAUUUCUGUGAAGUUCAUCUCCUUCGAUCUGUUUUGAUAAUGAGAAUUAUAUCAUGCAAAUACUAAUGCACCAUAACCUUGUGUGUUAUUUUAGCAUUGAAAAUGUUUAAGAAAAUAUAUAAAUCAAUAAAUCAAAGUUAACAGAC